AAUGUGUAUGUAAUGUCUUGAUAGUGCAGUCAAUUCAACUCUAAAGAACGAACCUAAAGAAUGCAAAAAUCUCGGCGAUAAUUCACUGUUAUCUUUGUAAUUUUGUCGGGAUUUUGUGGUAUCAGCUUGACUCCUCUGCAUUGCUGGGGAAAAAUGUACUUACUUAUGUAUUAUUCGAUGUUGUCAUAUUUUUAAGAAUUUAAUUGUAAAUAACGUGCAAUACAUUCAUAGCGAUUUUGUGGUUAGAAAGCAGCGGUUCCUUGUGUAUAUAAUUGUAUAGGAAGGUUCAGAGAGAGAAAGAAAGAGAGAUGUAUUUUAAUCUUACUCAACGGUUAACACGGACUUUCGUUAGACGAAUAUGCACCGGUGUGUCACGAAAUUUAAUGAAGGAACAUUCUGACAGCACGUUCGAAAAGAAACUGCGCUCCACAGUCUUUUAUUGGACCGGACUCGGAGUUUUAGUUGUUGGGUUGAGUUAUGCCGCAGUGCCUUUGUACAGAAUAUUCUGCCAGGCAUAUAGUUAUGGUGGAACAAUAACAACCGGUCAUGAUGCUAGCAAAGUCAGCACAAUGUUACCUGUCAAAAAUAGAAAGAUAAAAGUUAAAUUUACUGCAGAUACUGCUCUGUCGAUGCAAUGGAAUUUCAAGCCACAACAGUUAGAGAUGACGAUCGUUCCCGGAGAAACUGCUUUAGCAUUUUACACAGCUACAAAUCCAACGGACAAACAAGUCAUAGGGAUAUCCACCUACAAUGUUUUACCUUUUGAAGUGGGACAGUACUUCAAUAAGAUACAAUGCUUUUGUUUCGAAGAACAAAUGCUAAGUCCUCAUGAGCAGGUCGACAUGCCGGUAUUCUUUUAUAUUGACCCAGAAUUCACGGAAGACCCGAAGAUGGAAUUUAUCGACGACAUAAUCCUCUCUUACACGUUUUUUGAGGCUAAACCAGGACUCGAACUGCCUGUGCCAAGUUACGCGAAAAGUCACUCGACAUAGUAAAACAUUCCUCUAGGAGUGUAUUCCAAAUGGCAGAGUUAUUCAUAUACACGUAAAUGGCAGUAUUCCUAUAAAUAUUCAGAGUAACGUAGCACUAUUAAGAUUAAGUAUCUAUUAACAUAAGAAUAAAAUAUGCACGUCUAAGAUCGUAUAGAUUUCCCCUCCAUACAAUCUAACUUCUAAAAGUGUAU